AUGCUCCGGAGAGAGCUCGGUCGAAACGAAACGACCUUUUCCUGUUCCCCCUUCCGCUUUUUGGCACUCCGCUCAGCUAUGUGGUCUCGAGACCUGCUGCUCGCAUCACGCCUGAGCGCGGUGCUGCCGAUGAUGCUUACUCGAUCGCUCCAAGACACGGAAUGCACUAGCCAACAGACUAGUCAUUGGCGGAGCAUGAGCUCCCAUGUGGGCAUAGAGAGCAAAAAUCUUUCGAGCACAAGGUAUCGGCGAAACGGCGACUCGGAACAGAUCCCUUGCGACGGUCCUAGCACCGUCUUUGGAGGGCCAGAAUCUAGCCUCUUCGCUCUUCGGCACCUACGUUGCGAACCUUGGAAAGAGGAGUAA